AUGUGCUGCGCAAAUUCUUAUAUUUACGACACGUUGUACACACAUACACACAUGCGCGUCCCGUUCUUUCUGUUCUUCUUUGCGCCAAAUCGAAAGGUUACAGUUAGAAAGAGAGAGAUAUAUCCACGCGACAUGUCAUCUAACCAGAAAGAAGAGUCCAGGGCGCCGUCGCGGCAGGCCGUUGAGGAGUGGCUGGAACGCAUUGAUGACAUUGCGGCAGCGGUUGAAGAAAUACUUCGUGAGGAUCCGAUGGAGGCCACAAUUCGACGGCAGGAAAGGGAGGCCCGGCGCCGGCAAAUGCAAAUAGACGAGAGAAAAGAGAAGGUGAAGAUGCGAUAUGACCCGAGGCACUACGUUCGAUUCGAAAGUGACGAAGUCAUUGACAAACUGUUGAAGGAAGCGGAGGUCAGAGGCGAGACGACGCGAAGGGAAGUGAAGGACGAGUCGCUCUAUACUCGGGCAGAGCGGGUUUCACUGGAGGAAGCAAUUAGACUGAAGGAUGAUGCCGCGAAGGCUGUAAAGGCAUCCGAAUGGGAGAGAGCAUGCGAACUGUACACCACCGCGAUCAAGCUCGAUGUGGUGGACGCGGACCUCCAGCGCACACUACGCAACAAUCGCGCCCUUGUGCAGUUGAAAUUAAAGCGUUACCUUGACGCUGUUGAUGACGCGAGUUAUGUGCUAAGGGAAGAACCAAUGAAUGUGAAGGCAUUGCUAAGAAGGGCAACGGCACUAAGGCACAUACACCGUCCCGUAGAUGCACUGAAAGAUGUUGAGGAGGCAUUAAAGAAGGAUCCCGCGAACCAAGAGGCCGGAGACCUUGCACAGUGGCUGCGACGGGUGAAGCGAGAACAAAGCGUUGGCGCUGUUUUCCAGCACCGCCAACCCGAAGAGGCCAAGUGCCUGGAAAACUCGAUAAAGAUGUUAACUUCCGCAGUGAAGGAAUUGCACAAUUGUGGUGCGAUACCCACUGGUGAGAGUUUGGCAAAAAAGGAAUCUGAAGAAAACGCUGAAAAGAAGCCACUGAUUCAGGCUGUGGAAAGUGUACGUCGGUGUCUUGGAGUGGUACAAAUGUUUCAUCAAGGUGCCGCUGUGUUCUUUUUACUUCUUGACGGUUUGAAUCCAUUGAUUGAACUUGUUUGCAAAGCCAUCAUCGGUGGCUGGUCCGAGCUUGUUGUUUCCAUCGCUGCUGGGUCUCCUGAGCAGAUGUCGACAUGCGGGAUGACAUUUGUAGUUUCUGCUCGUCUUUUGGCUCUUGUUUUGUUGGGUAGUGAGACCGGCGUUGAGGGAAUUGAGUUAUCCACUGUGACGACUCUCGUGAGGAAGUUGGCUGAUGUGCUUUCCAUCGCACUGCAGCAAAAAUCGUUAGGACAUCGAGACGGUGCCACACUGACGCUGACGGUGGCCAUCCUGCAGGUGCUGGAGGGACUGGCCACACGUUGCCCAAUUUUGGUUCAUGCGCACUGCGUUUCUGUGCUUGUGGAGGCGUGGAAGGUUAUGAAGAAAAGGCAGCCGCCUCCGCAGCUGCUUUUCUUUUAUUGUGGAAUACUUGAGGCGCUAAUAAAGGAGCCGUCCGUGUGUGCGUCGGUGGCGAAGGAAAUGGAGGAAAUUUUGCCGCAUGCCAUUGAGGUGGCGAUAGAGGCGGGGCCAGAGCAGCUAAAGGAAGUUGGUCUUUCUUUGGCUGUGCGUGCCACCUGCGUCAGCAGUGCGUGCGCAAAGAGUUUGGGCUCGUCGGAGCUCACGCGCACUUUUUCAAAGGUGUUGCCGCUCUCUCAAGGCGAAAGUCGGGAUUCACCUGUUUCCCCGCGUUUGGAGGAGGGCCUCUAUGCUGUGGUGUACAACGUCCUGCUGCAGGCCGAAUCACGUUCCCAAUACGUGGCUCAGUGGAAAGCCGUCACGGACCCGGGCAGCAGCGGAGAUUUUUCGUUUUCACUGCAUACCUGGCGUACACUACGUGAACAGGUGGUUGCCGAGGGGAAGUCAACAAGACGCAUCACCGUACAUGCAAAAAUGAUGGCCGUUCUUGCAAAGUUUUCUCCCCAUGACGAAGCUCUUCGAGGCGCCAUGCUGGAGGGCGAGGAGACACUAUGGGCGAUGCUGUGGCAUGCACUUUCAGGACUUGAGCCCCCCGAAGUCGGACCUUCGGCUGCAGCAGACAAUCAAAACUUUGCAAAUAGAACAGAGGACGAAGAGAAGGAGGGGGAGGUGGAGGCUGUCAUUGCUGCUGCUGCAUGGGAGCUUGUUGAGCAUGCAACGACAUGCAUCGCCUCCCAUUACUCACAGAAUCAUCUUUUGAGGGAGAAAGGCCUCUCGACUGCGGAUCGAAUUGCCGUUUUGAUGCACAUUAUUCGUCGUGCCGGGCCUCAGCACGUGGUGGCGCUUGGCAACGCGGGGCUGAUCGCGUCGUUUGUACCUUCCGCCAGCUGCAGCCAUUUUGCGGCAAUGAACGGUGUCGAUGUGCUUUUGGAGGGCUUGCGAAGUGUGCGAGACCUUAUAUUCAAGCUGGAACAUGACGGCAAAAGGGGAUCGACGCAGUGGAUUCACGGUGGGGCCGCGCAGAAGAAUCUUGCGAUUGCACUUUCUCGCUGUUGCGUGGUGGAGUCACAGCGGGAGCGACUGCGGGAGUUGAAGGGAUUUGAGACGCUCCACGCCGUCCUUGAGCCCCAUUCCGCAUGA